AGAAAGGAAGCCAAUCGUGGAGCUAUAAUCGGUGUCGCCGCCUCGCUCCACCGCGUAAAUCGAUUGCCAGGAACCAGAGGACGAUGUCUCUGAGAUUGCUGAAGAAAGUUCUUCAGGAACAGGAAGGGUUGCAACAUCAGAUUCGUCACGGUGAUGUUGAUGAUGACGAUGAUGAAGAGCAUCUCAAUGAGUCGGAAUCUAUUGGUACGGGAGCCCGUUCUUUGAUUAACCCGUUUGAUCUCCUCGACGACGAUGACCAAGAUUCUGACUCCAACAAGGAGAUAGAGCCUGUGAUAGCAGAUGAGAAGACGAAUGAGAUUUAUAAUCCUCCAAGUGAUAUUAAUGCUCAGCCGGGCGCUCCAUCGGGACAGAAGAAGAAGAAAAAGAAAAAGAAGAAAGGGAAGGAGGGCGCUUCUAGUGCUGCCAAGACUGAGAGCUCUUUGGAUGAAACUUUAGAAGCUCUUUCACUUGACGAUGUCGCCUCUACUGGUCAGAGGGCCGAUGCUAAGAAAGAAAAGGUUCAGAGUGCAAAAGCCUGCGCUAGUUCUUCCAAAAAGGCUUCCCAAUGCGCAUUGAAGGUAGAUCCAAAGUACCUGAAUGUUGAAAAUGAACUGCGAAGAAUAUUUGGUGCGAAAGUCGUUAAAUCAUUCGAGAAAGGCAAUCAAGGGCGGAUACGUGGAGGAAGACGUGGAACCCAUCACAUCAGGAAGACUUUUCUGAUAUCUCCAUCAGAGCAUUGGACUCGCUGGGAUGGAUCUUUCUCGAUGGAGUUUCUGGAGACUAAGGAUGGCUACCAUUACUUCAGAUAUGUCCACUCACCCUCAUAUCAGCAAGCACAAAAUGCAUUUCAGGCUGCCCAAGCUAUUCACGAUCUGAACGGCGUGGCAAGUGUCCUAAUACACCAUCCUUACCACCUCGAUUCACUUGUGACAAUGGCAGAUUAUUUCAGAUUCGUAGGCGAGCAUCAAAUGGCUGCAGAUUCUAUCGGGAAAUGCUUAUACGCGUUGGAAUGUGCAUGGCAUCCUAUGUUCACUCCAUUCGAGGGCAACUGCCAGUUAAAAUUUAGCCACGAGACGAACAAGCCGUUGUUUACAACGCUUUUCACCCACAUGAGGAGCAUGGAUAGACGUGGCUGUCACAGAUCCGCGUUAGAAGUCUGCAAGCUGUUGCUUUCGCUGGAUUCAGACAAUCCGGUGGGGGCUUUGUUCUGCGUUGACUAUUUUGCUUUAAGAGCAGAGGAAUAUGCCUGGUUGGAGCUGUUCUCUGAAGAGUACAAAACCGAUUCCUCUUUGUGGCUGUUCCCGAAUUUCUCGUACUCGCUUGCAAUUUCCCGUUUUUAUCUCGAGAAGAUGGAAUCUUCUUCUGGUGACACUCCCAAGUCGAAUUCUCUGGAUCUUAUGAAGCAGGCAUUGAUGCUUCACCCGGCAGUACUCAAGAAACUCGUGGCAAAGGUGCCGCUGAAAGAUCAGGCUUGGACGAAGAUACUGAAGCAUUCUUACUUCCGAUCAGAUCAAUCAAAGAUCCCGUCCGUGGAUCACCUGAUUAAUAUAUACGUUGAGAGGAGUUACCUUAUAUGGAGGCUUCCAGAAGUACAGAAACUGCUCAGGAGUGCUGCUGAGAGGGUCAUUGAGUCACUGGAACAGAACGAAGACGACGCCAAGGACUGGAUUUGCGUGAGGAAAGAAGCUUUUCCUUCCGAGAAAAACGAGUACGCUCAUUUGACGGUCCAGGAUUACUCUGAUACAGUGCCGACUCUACCGCCAGACAAUUUGCAGAACUUUGUGGUUGAUCCGAGGAUGGUAGAGCAAGGGGCCGAGGGGAUCGAUGAGGGUGGCGGCAGGUUGGUUCCACAGCCGGCACGUGAAGUUGCGAAUAGGAACCCAUUGGCAGUGCUGUUUGAGUCGAUGCUGCCAUGGGUUCAUUAUGGAGAAGCAGAUGAUCCAAACAAUGGUAACCAUCAACCAGACGGUGAAGGCCAUGGCCAUGGCCAACACUGAGUGGAGCUAUAUACAGCUGAAGAUGCAUCCCUUUUUUUUUAACUUUACAUUAUGUGGGUUACAAAAUCUGAAGAUGUUUUAUGUACAUUACCAUUAUGAUGACUUAACAGUCGUAGAGUACAUUGCCAUUAAUCUUAAUCUGUCUUCAAUGGGGUUA